CACUAGCUAAUCAGAAUGUUCGCAGAAAUUACAAGGAGUUCAUAUAUUGCUUUCUCACGUGUACUAGGUAGGCGUUCAUUCCGGCCAAUUUGUGCAGUGUCAGAAGAAACAUUUACCCGCAGUUAUAGGCAAAUACAUAUCGAGAGCUUACGGAAAGAAAACUUUAAAAUGCCGCUGUACGAAACAAUUUCAAAAGGCGCCAUAAACUCGCCCAACUACAGCCUGUAUUUCAAAAACAACUGCGGCAAUGUCAUUUCACCCAUGCACGACAUUCCAUUGUACGCCAACGAGGAGAAGACCAUCUACAACAUGGUCGUCGAGGUGCCACGUUGGACGAACGCCAAAAUGGAGAUUAGCCUGAAGACGCCCUUGAAUCCCAUUAAGCAGGACAUCAAGAAGGGUAAAUUGCGUUUUGUGGCCAAUUGUUUUCCCCACAAGGGCUACAUCUGGAACUAUGGCGCCCUGCCACAGACCUGGGAGAAUCCGAAUCACAUUGAACCUUCCACUGGCUGCAAGGGCGACAAUGAUCCCAUUGACGUUAUUGAGAUCGGGUAUCGUGUGGCCAAACGCGGCGAUGUGCUGCAGGUCAAGGUCCUGGGCGCCAUCGCGCUCAUCGAUGAGGGCGAAACGGACUGGAAAAUCAUUGCAAUCAAUGUUAACGAUCCGCUGGCCUCAAAGGUCAAUGAUGUUUCCGAUGUAGAUCAAUAUUUUCCGGGUCUGCUGCGUGCCACCGUCGAGUGGUUCAAGAUCUACAAAAUACCCGAUGGCAAGCCAGAGAAUCAGUUUGCGUUUAAUGGAGAUGCCAAGAGCGCAGACUUUGCCACCUCCAUCAUUGCGGAGACGCACAAGUUCUGGCAAACCCUGAUCAAUCAGUCCAAUGUGGGCACGCCGGAAAUAGCUUGCCAAAAUAUAACCAAUCGCCAUUCGGAAUUUGUAAUUGGCAAAGAAGAGGCUGCCAAAAUACUCGAUGAGGCUCCAGAUGGCGGCGAGGUCGAGGAAGUGGUCGACACAGUCGACACUUGGCAUUUCAUACAUCUCAAGUGAACCGAGGCGCGACUGGAAUAGAUUGUCCAAUAUUUUGAAUUGAAUUCGAUGUAAAACUUGAAAAACUCACAUUUGAAAAUGAAUAAAGCUUAUGCAAGAAGCCCAAAGUGCUGGAAAAAUUGGAAAAUGAA